AUGUAUAUUCACUGGAGGUACUGCGUGCAGGCUGUGGUCGGCAUGGGUGGCAUGUAUGGCAGUGUUAGAAAGUCUGUGAUUGCAGUGAGCUUCAUAGCCGCAUUCCUCUUCCUGCUGGUUGUGCGCCUUGUAAAUGAAGUGAAUUUCCCACUGCUACUAAACUGCUUUGGACAACCUGGUACAAAAUGGAUACCAUUCUCCUACACAUAUAGGCGGCCCCUCCGAACUCACUAUGGAUACAUAAAUGUGAGGACGCAAGAGCCUUUGCAAUUGGACUGUGACCUUUGUGCUAUAGUGUCAAACUCAGGUCAGAUGGUUGGCCAGAAGGUGGGGACUGAGAUAGAUCAGUCCUCCUGCAUUUGGAGAAUGAACAAUGCCCCCACCAAGGGCUAUGAAGAAGAUGUUGGCCGCACGACAAUGAUCCGAGUUGUGUCCCAUACCAGCGUUCCUCUUUUGCUAAAAAACCCUGAUUAUUUUUUCAAGGAAUCAAACACUACUACUUAUGUUAUUUGGGGCCCUUUCCGCAAUAUGAGGAAAGAUGGCAAUGGCAUCGUUUACAACAUGUUGAAAAAGACUGUUGACAUCUAUCCAAAUGCCCAAAUUUAUGUGACCACAGAGAAGCGCAUGAGUUACUGUGAUGGAGUUUUUAAGAAGGAAACGGGGAAAGACAGAGUCCAGUCUGGCUCUUAUCUCAGCACGGGGUGGUUUACCUUCAUUCUGGCCAUGGAUGCCUGUUACGGCAUUCACGUCUACGGGAUGAUAAAUGACACCUACUGCAAGACAGAAGGGUAUAGAAAAGUUCCCUAUCAUUACUAUGAACAAGGAAGAGAUGAGUGUGAUGAAUAUUUUCUUCAUGAACAUGCCCCAUACGGGGGGCAUAGGUUUAUCACUGAAAAGAAAGUGUUUGCUAAAUGGGCCAAGAAACACAGGAUAAUAUUUACACACCCAAACUGGACAGUGUCUUGAUGUUGGUUUGUCUGAUAUUGCCAGGCCACUUGACGUAAUUGUGAUACAGCGACUGUGAUGCUAAUGGCAAUGAUGAUGAUUAAGACAGCAACAAUGGUGAUCAAGUUUCUGUACAUUCUCAGAUAUGGAUGUUGACUCUGCCAGUAAUUCAAACUAAGGAUUCCACAGAGGGUGGCUGUGCUCAUUGAGUUCUUUCUGAAGUUUCAACGUUACAUAUUGCACUUUAUAAUUUAACUGGAAUUGAGGUGAAGGCCAGUAACAUGACAACAGUGACCUAAGAAAUGGGAACAUUAUCCUUCAAGAUAGCUGCCCAGAAUUCUUGAACAGUAACCUCCAAAAGCCACAGGGUUUGGCCUCAUUCAGCGAGGUUCUGCCUCUGCGGUCUCUGGAGCUUGAGCAGCUCCACCAUCUUGAAGAGCGCUUGAUUGUCAAACACUGACCCAAGAAAUGCUGUCUGGGUACCAGUAUCUUGCCACAGUUACUUGUUAGCCUGUAGGCAGGGAAGGAAUCUCUCCCAGACACACCCUCUUCCUACAGUACCUCCUACAGCUGAAGCCUCAGGCCAUUUCCUAAUUAAGAAUGAAAAUAUCAUGGACAUCCAUCACGAUUACUUGACUAUGUAAAACACUUAAUUGAAAUGGGCCAACUAGCAAAUCUUGAUGAAUUUCUGUUCUCACCACUCCAUUCUUACUCCCCAAACAAUAUGACUAAACAUGUUUGUAGAAUGGUCUGUAUUAAUGUUUAGUUAUUUUGGGUUGAGUCCUAAAUAUUUCAGAAUGCUAUUUAACAUGUAAGAUACCAACACUGUAAUAACAUAUACUGUGAAAACGUAACCAAAAAGGUUUACUAACUCUGCAUCAACAUCUAACAACACAAAAUCACAUGCUUUUUUAAAUCAUGAAACAGGGAAAGCAAAGCAUAUUUUUACAUCAAUUUGUAUCCUACCAUACUUCAUAAUAUAUAUUUGUAUAUUCUAUUUUACAGGCCCAAGAUGUGUCUCUCCAUAUACUGCAUUAUCAUUGCCAAGUGCCAACUCUUAGACAUGGAGAGGAAAUGAUUCCUUGUAUUAAAUCUGACCAGAGCUUUUGCCUUCUUGGGGUUUAUUUUCCCCCCAGUGUAUUGGUUGUUAUAGCAUAAUAACAACAAUAAUAAUGACCUUAAUGUUCAAAGUGCUUUGUCAUUCAGAGUCCUUUCACAUACACUGUUCUGGGUGAUGCCCAUGACCACCCCAUUGGGCUAUCUGAUGCCUCCUUACAGAUGAUCUGUAAUUUGUUAAUUGCUCUGAAAUACUCCAGAUUGCUCCCCUUGUUAAUAUUUGUAUAGAAUAGCAUUUAUGUAGACUAGUAACCAAUUGAUUUCAGGGCCAAAUAUAAUAUAGGAGGAUUGUGCAAAAAAUAGCACAAGGAUAUUCUUGACCAUAGACUAGGAUCCCUGGGAACUGAGGGACUUUUGAUUUUUUCUUUUUUAAAUGACUCUAUUUAGGUGGGGAAAGAAGAGGAAGCAGGGAAAACAGGAUGGAAUGAAAGCAGGGAAAGUUUCCUGUUCCUGUCUUGAGAUGACUUUGUAUUCCAUGUACUCAUUGCUCCUGAAAUACUGAAGGGUUGAUUUGCUGAGACAGCAGCUGAGAGACUGAUUUCAUCCUAGCAAAUGAUUGAAAAGACAAAGCCAGGCUUGACUUACAGAAUGUUUUGGAGUUUGGACAUGUGAUGCAUCUCACCUCAGGAGCCCAUCGCAGGUCCUUACCAGUGCUGUGUCCCCUGGUCAGUCAUUAAAAUGGGCCAUCUUGGGCAAAAGCCUCUCUUGCUCUCUGCUGCCCUUCUGAUACCCCAGUACUCACGUCCAUAAAAAUGACUAAGCGCCACUUCCAUCACUGGAACUGUUAUCAUUGUUAUUCUUUCAUUGUUGUUUCCUUAUGUGAUUUUUCAGUGCUAUGUAUGUUAGGUUUCUUGAGCUAAUGAUGGAUAGAAAUGCCGGCUCAAAGAAAAAUAAACAGAUACAAAUGUUAAACUUGUAAUACAGACUGUUUCUCUCCCCUUUUAAGUGAAAGGAAUCCUUGAUUAUCAGAACGCCUUAGGAAAUAGCAUAGCUUAAUUUAGGUUUCUGGUAAGUGGAAGGCCAGCUCUAUUUGUGUUAGCCCUUACUAAUGAGAAACUUUAAAAACCUGCCUUGAUCUGCCUCACUAUGGCUCCCUUAGAUGGAGACACUGGCAGUGCCUGCAUCCCCCGCUCUGCGGCAGUAGGUGUGUGUGGAAUGGGCAGUGUUCCCUCUGGAGGGGGAAGGGUGGCCUUCUUUUCCCAUCCUGCCUUCCUCUCCCUGCCUUUUUUUUUCCUUCACUAAACCCAACUCUACAUUUUUAUUGUUGUUGUCCCUUGUCUAUUUUUUUUCCAAAAGUGGGCAACAAAAACACAUUAUUCUCAAUUUAAAGACCUGAUUGGAUGAUUUCCGGCAUGAUCAGCAUUUUGAUAGAAUUGCAUGGCUUUUUUUCUCUGCAGUCUUCAUGUUCUCUACUUCCACUUCCUGUUCUUUACCCUCAGCUUCCUGAUUCUAGUGAAAAUACAAAAUCUGUUUUCUCCCCUUUUGAGAUAUUUUCCACCUAAGAUUUACUGAUAGAGAAGAGAAUGGCAAAGGAGCAAUUCAAGGAGAAUACUUUGUCGUGCAAAUUUCUGGUCAUAGCCACAGGUUCUAGUCAACUGCAAUUUCUUCCAGCAUCUACACACUGGAAAAUUUAACUGAACUCACUCAUUGCUGAUGUGUAUGUAUCCCAGAAGUUAAUUAACAUCUGUAAAAAAUAAAAAAUAUUUUAAUACCUUCCACAAAUGAUACUAUGGAAAAUGGCCACAAUUUGCUGAAAUCAACAUAAAAUCAUACAGGCUAAAAAUAAUGAAUAUUGCUUUUAAUUCUGCAGAAUCCUAGAAAAAAGCAAGGAAAUUUAAAAACAUUUUUUAAAUGAAUGUUUCAAUCUUUCAAGGUUA